UUUUCCGGUGCGUCAUAGCUGCUUUGGCAAGCAUCAGGAAUAACCAGCUUAGGACGAUGGGUGCCGGUUUUGUUCGUAAACUGAUAUUUGCGCUCUUCUUGUGUUCAGCAUUUGUAGGACCAUGUGCCGAGUCCCGCCAGCUGCGUUUUGUUUCUCUGUUGUAUCGUCAUGGUGAUCGUUCUCCAAUCAAAAGCUUUCCUACUGACCCCCAUCAGGAAAGUGCUUGGCCACAAGGCUUUGGACAACUUACACAGGAGGGGAUGAGACAGCACUUUGGACUUGGACAGACCCUGAGGAAGCGCUACCAGGGAUUUCUGGGUGAGCAGUACCAGCGUCAGGAGAUCUUCGUUCGCAGCACGGAUUAUGAUCGGACCCUGAUGAGUGCCGAAGCCAAUCUGGCAGGGCUGUUUCCACCCAAUGGAAGCCAAGUGUUUAAUUCCAAUAUCAGCUGGCAGCCCAUUCCAGUACACACAGUCCAGGAAUCGGAGGACAGGCUUCUGAGCUUUCCGUUGCCUAACUGCCCCCGAUAUGACCUUCUUAUAAACGAGACUAAAAAAACAGAAGAGUAUGUGAACCUGACCACAAGCAACAAGAAAUUUCUGGAGAUGGUGGCAAAUAAAACUGGCCUGAAUGAUGUGUCUCUUCAGUCAGUCUGGAGUGUCCAUGACACACUUUUUUGUGAGCAAGUCCAUGGCAUGACCAUGCCAGAUUGGGUCACAACAGAGGUGAUGCAGAAGCUGAAAAUACUUAAGGAUUUCAGUUUUUCUUUUAUGUUUGGGAUUUACAAGAGAGAAGAAAAGGCGCGGCUGCAAGGAGGUGUUCUCCUUGGACAUAUUUUAAAAAAUAUCAGUGAAGCUGCUAAUGCAUCAGCCUCUGACGCCCUAAAGUUGAUCAUGUACUCGGCGCAUGACACCACUGUAGUGGCUUUGCAGAUGGCACUGGAUGUUUACAAUGGGAAGCAGGCUCCGUAUGCUUCUUGCCAUAUCUUUGAACUAUAUAAAGAGGACAAUGGAACUUUCACUGUUUCCAUGUAUUACCGGAAUGAGUCGGACCACGAGCCAUAUCCUUUGAAACUACCCAACUGUGUCCAGUUCUGCCCUCUACAAGAUUUUAUUCAUCUGACCAAAUCAGUUAUUUCCAUGGACCAAGAAAAGGAAUGUCAGCUGUCCAGCAGUCUGCAGGACACAGAAGUAAUUGUGGGUCUGACAGUGUGUGGCUGCCUGCUGUUCCUCCUCAUUCUGUUGCUACUGACAGUUCUCUGCCGUCAGAAAUCAAACCCGAAUGGGUAUCGGCAUGUGCUGAGCGACAGCGAAGACCAUUCCUGACAAUCACUUGCACUGCUUGGCAAAGCAGAACUUUCCGACAGUGAGGGAGACCUCUGACUCACUAGAUGUCUUGGACAUAAAUGUGGUUACGGAGACCUGGAGGAUUUAUUUUCCACCUUCCAAUCUAGAAGUGCACUUUGCCUCUUUUGACUCUUCACUCAGGUGUGAAAUGUUGCACAAGUCUGAGUAACUUUAGCAUCCUGCAGAAAAUGGUGUGGGGAUGAAGUACCUAGUAUGAAAUGUGUAUGGCAGAAAACCAAGACAACCACCUUCCUGUGUAAAUUACUUUUUUAUGCAGUACAUAUUUGUACCAGGGUACAUUUUAGAGUUUAUAUAUAAGAAAUGUAAUUUCUUUUAAUAAAAUCAUUGUUUUGCCUUUAAAGAGCUUAUUCACAAAA